AUGGUAGACAAAGAAGUAUCAACAGUAAACAUUUAUGAAAUCUUUGUUUCUGGAAUCUUGGAUAUCCUUGCUAGAAAUGGCAUGAAAGGAUUCAAUUUAGUCACGAAUAAUGCCUUAGUUACUUAUCAACUCUUAAAUAAAGAGUGCUUUAAACAUUCACUUUGUGCUCUUACUUAUGAUUUAGUUGGCCCUUGUUUACGUUCAACAAAAGAUGUACCUAUUCAUGGCACUAUUGUAGACCCUGAAUUUCAAUUUAUUCGCGAUAUAUUUGUCAACAGUAUUCUCAAGGGGUAUGAAGUAGGUGCUGGCUUUACUGUUUACGUAGAUGGACAAAAAGUGAUUAGUCUUCAGGGAGGAUGGCAAGAUCUUGAAAAGAAUAUCGAAUACACGAAUGAAACACUCCAAAUGGUCUUUUCCAGCACAAAAGCAUUGAGCGCUAUUGUAAUUGCUCAGAUGGUGGAUCAGGGCCUUUUAUCCUAUGAUGAACGAAUUUCUACUUAUUGGCCAGAGUUUGCACAAGGAAAUAAGGAAAAUGUAACCUUAAUGGAUUUGAUGCGUCAUACAUCGGGAAUAGGUGCUUUAGAUAAGCCUCUCUCCUAUGAAAACGUGACUGAUCCAGUUGUCUUUUCCAAUAUUCUUGCAAGUCAACCGCAUAACUUUAAUGGAAGACGUUAUCAUAGUUACCAUGCAAUCACACAAGGAUGGUAUCAAAAUGAAAUACUUAAGCGUGUUGCUAAUUGUACCAUUGAUGAAUAUAUUCAAAAUGUCCUCAAUAAACAAUAUAAGGAUAUCGAGUUCUAUUUAAAGCCAGAUGCCAUGCCUAACGCUGAUCAAUUAAUCCCACGUAUUGCAACCUUUUAUGAUGAAUCAGAGCUACAAAAAUUGUAUUCUUUGAUUAAAACCUAUCUUGAUCCACGUCAAGACAAGACCUUUAUUCGCAGCAUGUUUGAUAAAAAUAGUUUAUUUACAAGGACAAUCAUUCAUCCCAAUAUAGAUCAAAUGAAGGGCGUGAUGAAUAAUAAAGAUCCAAAACAUAGAGCCAUUGAAGGUCCCUCUUAUUCUGCACAUACAAAUGCGGAUUCAUUGGCCAAAUUAGCAGCCAUGAUGGCUAACAAAGGACAAGCCAUUGUGCCUGGAGAGCCCGACCUUUUUCAACACGAGUCCACUUAUGAGGAGGCAACUUAUUUUAAUGAAAGUUGGAGAGAUGAACCUGAUCUAAUUCUCCCAUUCUUCCCUUUAAAUAAUCAAAAAGGUGGAUUUUUGAUAUAUCCUCAUGACCGAUUUUUUGGUAUUGAAGACCCAGAUGGUGAUUUUGAAGGAGGUUCAGGCGCAGGGGGUUCCCUCUUUCUGUAUAACAGAAAAUACAAAAUUGGAUUAGCUUAUGUAAUGAAUGGAUAUGUUGGAAUUGGUAUCCCUGAUCCAAAAAGAACGAUCCCACUUGUCAAAGGUGUAUUUGAACAAGUGAAAAAGAUGAGCAAAAAAUAA